ACGAACAACAAAAGGUCCCUUUGCUCCUCUCUUCUUCUUCUUCUUCUUCGUUCCAUCCAUUGCUUUCUCUUAAGGUCCCAAACUGUGUCUCUCUCUUUGAAAUUUUUUGAAUUUUUACAAUUUUUUGAAUUCCUCUCUCUGUGUGCGAAUCGAAGCCCUCUCAAUUUCGGUCACUAUUCGCUGAACUUCAGCGUUUUCAGCUGCGAAAUCGUUUAUUUUUCUGUAUUUGAAUUUAUCUCGGUGGCUUACGAUUUGGUUUUGGAUCUGAAAGUAUCUGAAUUUGAGGAAUUUUGGUGAUUAUUUGGGAGUUAUCAGCGGAUUGAGUUAUUGAAAAGAGAAAAAGGAAUUGUGAUUGAGUUUUCUAAUUUUGAAUUUGAUGGGAGAGGGUGAGGGAAGCGAUAUCCCUCUGAAGAAGGCUCAAUCGGACGGCGCAGCGACCUUGGCGUCGACGGAGGCUCCAGCGACGAAGAAGCUCGCGAGGCAGCUGGAUUUCACGGGCUUCGGUGGCGGCGGUGGGUGCUCCGGAAGUGUGGCCCUGCCGGAGCACCCACAGCCACAAUUACAGUCGCAGUCGCAGUCACAGCCACAGCCACAGCCGCAGCCGCAGAUGGUUGCGGCCACGGUGACAGUGGCACCAGCGCAGCCGAAGCCGGUUGCAAUGGCGAUUCCGGUGCCGCCGCCGCCGCAUACGUCUCAUCCGCCAGUGAGGGUUGUAAAACCAGAUUCACCAAAAUCAAGACCAAGAUCCAAUUCCGAAGUCAAAGAUGCUACUCCAAAGAAGCAAAAACAAUGCAAUUGUAAACACUCACGAUGCUUAAAGUUGUAUUGUGAGUGUUUUGCAUCUGGAAUAUACUGUGAUGGGUGCAACUGUGUAAAUUGUUAUAACAACGUUGAGAAUGAAGCUGCUAGGCGAGAAGCUGUAGAAGCUACUUUAGAGCGUAAUCCAAAUGCAUUCAGGCCAAAAAUUGCCAGCAGCCCACAUGCAUUGCGGGAUAGUAGGGAGGAGGCUGGGGAAGUUUUAAUAUUGGGAAAGCACAAUAAGGGAUGCCAUUGCAAAAAGUCUGGGUGCCUCAAAAAGUACUGCGAGUGCUUUCAAGCCAACAUUCUCUGCUCUGAAAAUUGUAAAUGCAUAGACUGCAAGAAUUUUGAGGGUAGUGAAGAGAGACAGGCUCUAUUCCACGGAGAUCAAGGCAACAACAUAGCAUAUAUUCAACAGGCAGCGAAUGCUGCCAUAACUGGAGCUAUUGGAUCCUCUGGCUAUGCAUCCCCUCCGAUGUCAAAGAAAAGAAGAAGUGCUGACCUCUUCUUUUCUUCAGCAGCUAAGGAUCCAUCCAUUCACCGGCUUGGGCAAUUUCAACAGGGAAUGGCUGCUGUCUCUUUAGCAAAUCAUCUCAAAGCUUCUGCACCCUCCUCUUCCUUGUCCUCCGUCCCAGGUGCUCGUGUUGGUGGCAAUGCAGCACUAGGCCCUUCAAAAUUUACGUACAGGUCUCUCUUAGCAGACAUCAUCCAACCGCAGGAUGUGAGGGAGCUUUGUUCGGUUUUGGUUGUCCUAGCAGGAGAAGCUGCCAGAACAAUUACAGAGCAAACAAAUGAAACAGAAAAGCAAGCCGAAGAUCAGACAGAAACUUCCCAUGCUUCUUCAACUCAAGAAAGGUUUCAAACCCGGAAGGAACCUGAUGUUGAGAAAGCUGUGGCUGAUGACUGUUCAAGUGCAACCCAGACCGAUAAAAUUGGUGCCGAAGAUUCCAGUUCAGAUGGCGCUGAUGUGCCAAAAGGAAGGCCAAUGUCUCCUGGAACUUUAGCGUUGAUGUGUGAUGAAGUAGAUGCGAUGUUCAUGAGAUCUGCUUCGUCUGAUGGGUUGAUGGGUCAUGGUAACACGUCUUCACAGUUGCCUGAUGGACAAGGCAUGACAGAGGUCUUUACAGAGCAGGAAAGGACUGUUCUGACAAAGCUUCGAGACUGUCUUAAUAGGCUCAUUACUUUUGGAGAAAUAAAAGAGACAAACUGUUCUUCAUUAGCCAGAAGUGAAUUGGGCGGUCAAAAAGACCUACUGAGUAAUGGUGCUGCCAAUGCCAAUGUGAAAACUGAAGCAGGGCAUCAACAAGGAGCAGUUAAAAAUGGUAUUUCAAAAACUGUUGUUCCACCUACGGCCAAAACAUCUGCUCAGAUGGUCACUCCAGCAGUUGCUGACCUCCUUCCAAAAGUUCCACUCCUCCCCGAAAAUGGCGAUAGCAAACAGAAGACGGAAAAGGAGAUGUAGAAAGAUUUUAACACAGAAAUUGGCCCAAGACAGUUGAUGUGAAUAAAUGAAGGCAAGAAAUAAAAUUGGGACCGUUGACCUCAACUUGCUUCCCCGGGAACCCAAACGUAUUGCCGUUGUCAAGGACUUGAGCAUCAAUCGAAUUGGAAAAAUGGCACUAUUCGACGAAGGAGAAAUAUAUAGAAAUAUAAAUGGUUUCGUUUUUAAGUUCUCGACUGCUUUAUCUAAAAAAUGGUGGAAAUUGGUUCAUAAGGGUUAGUUAAAGUUGAAGUUUUUUUGAUUUGAAAACUACGCUUAUCUUCUCAAAUUGACACCUGAUUUGCAUUUGUCUAACAAGCUAUAAAAAAAGUGCCACUCAAUUGUACACAACUCCUUUAGUUCUCCCCUCUAUCAGCAGUCUCUUAAUUUCGACAAAAAAUGUGUCACGUGAUUGAAAUUCU